AUGCUCCAGUUCAUAAGAUAUUCGAGUAGGCUUAAUAGGAAGCCUAUGCUCUCACUUGAGGAGUUCAUGUUCAGACUGCGUGUGUUGCACACAUACAGAAGGUUGAUGAGAAUCAUCUACAAGCAUCACGAAAAGCAAGAUUUGUUGAAGUUUGCCAAAGAUGAGUUUCGGAUAAACAGAGAGGAGACAGAGCUAAACCAUAGAAAAUACUUGCUCCAGCUUGGGCUUACUCGCAUCAAUGAUAUGGCCAAGGUGUUUGGUAUUAAUGCAAAGUUUUAG